AUGACUACCACAAAGCCUAACCACCGGGCCUGGUGGAAGGAGUGCUCGGUCUAUCAAAUCUGGCCUGCAUCAUAUAAGGACUCUAACGACGAUGGUAUCGGAGACAUUACUGGGAUUAUCUCCAAGCUCGACUACAUCAAGAAUCUAGGUGUUGAUAUUGUCUGGCUGUGUCCAUCUUACAAGUCGCCCCAAGUUGACAUGGGAUAUGACAUUUCGGAUUACUAUACCAUCGCGGAGGAGUAUGGUACGGUCGCAGAUGUGGAAAGUCUCAUUCAGGGGUGUCACAAACGCGGAAUGAAGCUUCUGAUGGACCUGGUUGUGAAUCACACCAGCGACCAACAUGACUGGUUCAAGAAGUCACGUAGCUCUAAAGACAGCGAAUAUCGAAAUUGGUAUGUCUGGAAGGCACCUCGCUACGAUGAGCAGGGCAACAGACAUCCACCCAACAACUGGGUUUCUCAUUUCCAGGGGAGUGCCUGGGAGUAUGAUGAGCCCACAGAUGAAUACUACCUUCAUCUAUAUGCAACGGAGCAGCCAGAUCUCAAUUGGGAGCAUCCUCCUGUCCGUGAUGCCGUCCAUGAAAUUAUGCGAUUCUGGCUGAAGAAAGGAUGCGAUGGCUUCCGCAUGGAUGUGAUCAACUUCAUUAGUAAAGAUCAGCGCUUUCCCGAUGCACCCAUCCAGGACCCCCGAACUCCUUGGCAGUGGGCAGACAAAUGGUACGCUAAUGGACCGCGACUGCAUGAAUAUCUCCAAGGGCUCGGUAAAAUCCUAAAGGAGUACAACGCUUUCAGCGUUGGCGAGAUGCCUUUUGUCAAAGACGAGAAAGAGGUACUCCGUGCGGUGCAGUUUGACCGCAACGAAAUCAAUAUGAUUUUCAAUUUCGAACAUGUGGACAUCGACCAUGGAAAGUAUCAGAAGUUUGAGCCUGGCAGCUGGAAGCUCACAGACCUAAAGGACUUCUUCAACCGAUGGCAGAAAUUCAUGUAUGCCAACGACGGGUGGAACGCACUCUACUGGGAGAAUCAUGACCAACCGCGAUCUAUCGAUCGUUUCACCGGUGCUGGAGAGGAGCAUCGAGUCAUUGCUUCAAAGAUGUUGGCCACUGUUCUGGCCCUACAGCCAGGAACACCCUUUGUGUAUCAGGGACAGGAGAUCGGCAUGCGAAAUGUGCCUUCGGAGUGGGAAAUGGACCAGUACAGGGACCUUGACUGUCUAAAUCAUUGGAAAAGAUUGAUCCAAGCAAGUCCUACCGACAUAGAAGCCCAAACAGUGGCACGUAAAGAAUAUCAGAAGAAGUCGCGCGACAAUGCGCGUACUCCGGUUCAGUGGUCAUCUGCAGCGAAUGCAGGAUUCACAGGUCCAAACGUCAAGCCUUGGAUGUCUGUCAACCCAAACUACGAGUUUAUCAACGCCGAGGCCGACGUCAGUAACCCCAACUCAACUUACCACUACUGGGCAUCAGUACUUGGGUUACGCAAGAAAUACCUUGACAUCUUCGUUUACGGGGAUUGGGCACUUAUUGAUGAAAUAAACGAGGAGGUGUUUGCGUAUACCCGCCAGUAUGAAGAUCAGAAGGCUGUGGUCGUGUGCAACUGGACCGAGAAGACCUUAAAUUGGGAUGCUGCUGGACAAGGAGUGGCCAAUAUCAAGGAGGUACUUUUAGACAGUUAUGAGGGUACUGCUGAAGCGACUCCACGCUUUUCUGGAGGAAAGUGGUCGCUUCGGCCUUACGAGGCAGUUGUCUUGCUUGUUUGA